AAUCGGAUUAGCGAUCAGAAGGUGUCAUACGUCAUGUGACUGUGAGGGCCAAUCAGAAUUUAAAAAGGGGAGAAAAGCCGUUCCCUUUGCAACGUGGGGUGUAGUUGAGGCAGUCUUCUACCUGUGCAGUGGCAAAUAUUUUCUCUUCAUCAAGAUGUCUAAAAAGCCAAAGCUUGGAUUCGCUGAAAACUUCAUGCUCAGCGGUAUUGCUGCUGCAGUAUCGAAGACAGCUGCUGCCCCCAUUGAAAGAGUGAAACUCUUGGUCCAGAAUCAAGAUGAGAUGAUCAAAGCUGGACGUCUUUCAGAGCCAUACAAAGGAGUGGUGGACUGCACUCUUCGUACAUUCAGAACAGAAGGAAUCCUGCCAUUCUGGAGAGGAAAUUUGGCCAACUGCAUCAGGUAUUUCCCCACCCAAGCUCUCAACUUCGCUUUCAAGGAUCAAAUCAAGAUUCUGUUCAAGGCAAGUAAAGCAGAUUCCAAUGCGCUGAAGUUCGGGAAAAAUAUUGCCUCAGGUGGUGUAGCUGGAGCCAUGUCCCUAUGCUUCGUCUACUCACUGGACUAUGCCCGUACCCGAUUGGCUAAUGAUGCCAAGUCAGCUGGAAAGGGUGGUGGUGAACGUCAGUUCAAUGGUCUUGUUGAUGUGUACAGGAAGACCCUCAAAUCAGAUGGCUUUGUUGGAUUGUACAGAGGUUUCGUCAUCUCCUGCGUGGGCAUCAUUGUCUACAGAGGAUGCUACUUCGGCUUUUACGACACCCUGAAGCCAAUACUCCUCGGUGACAGUAACAGCUUGGUUCUGUCAUUUAUGUUGGGCUACACUGUAACCAUCAGCGCUGGAUUACUGUCCUACCCCAUUGAUACGAUCAGAAGGCGUAUGAUGAUGACCUCUGGCCAGGCUGUCAAGUACAAGGGAUCCAUGGACUGCGCUGUCCAGAUCGUCAAGAACGAGGGCUUCAUGUCCAUGAUGAAGGGAGCUGGUGCCAACAUUCUCAGAGGUGUUGCUGGUGCUGGUGUAUUGGCUGGCUUUGACAAGUUCCAAGAGCUGUACAUCAAGUGGCGAGUUGGGGCCUAAUGUUAGUGGUUUCUAGGCCACAUGAUUUAGUUUAUCAUUUUUGAUUGUUACAUUUAGGACAUUAUCCCAGUGAAGGGAUAUCUGCUCAGGAACAGUCAAAAGCUUGGAACUAUUUAUAACAUUGUUUUUUUCCUGAUGGUAAUCAUCCAUGAAUCUCACAUUUAGUUCAGUUUCACAAUUUUUGCCUUUGUGCAAAGUCAAAAUUUGCAUUGUUACAUAGUGAGAGUGUUUGUGCUAGGUUGUCAAGGUCCAGACUCAUUUAUUUCCAUGGUUUUUCAAAAUCAAGCGAGUUGGAUGUUGCGAUAUUAAGUAAUCAAGAUGUGAGAGUCAGACAGAAAAAUAAACAAUACUAAAUACA